AUGGCGUCGUGGCGCUUGCUGGUGGUGCUGGUCACCGUAGGUCUGCCUCUGGUGUGUUUGGCGCGGUACGACGACUCCAAGUUUGGCAUCUUCAUCCACUGGGGCGUGUUCAGCGUGCCCAGCUACUCGUGCGGUGGCGUGGCUGCCGAGUGGUACUGGAAUGGACUGGAGACGGGCGCCGGCAACGGGUGCAUCCAAGCGUUCCACAACAAGACGUACGGCCCUAACUUUAAGUACGCCGACUUUGCGAAGGGGUUCAGUGCUGAGCUCUUCGACGCGGCCAGGUGGGCCAACCUCUUCAAGAAGAGCGGCGCCAAGUAUGUGGUGCUCACCAGCAAGCACCACGAGGGCUUCACCAAUUGGCCGUCGCCUCAAUCCUGGAACUGGAACAGCGCCGAUGUCGGUCCCGGCCAGGACAACGUCGGCCUCGUGACUGAGGCCGUGAGGGCAGCCGGCCUGCGGAUGGGGCUCUACCACAGCCUUUUUGAGUGGUUCAAUCCCCUCUAUGUGACGGACAGGAGCAACAACGGCAGCACCACGGUCUACGUGGACACCAUCCUACAGCCCCAGCUGCACGACAUCGUAAACCGUUACAAGCCCGAAAUCGUACGCACCGCACUCAACCCCACCACCACUUCUACAGGCCUUGGUCUGAACGUGAUGCUUCAUCGGCUCGCGUUCAAGAUCUGGGCCGAUGGCGACUGGGAGAUGUACGACACCUAUUGGAAGUCGAAGGAGUUCCUGGCAUGGCUCUACAACGACAGCCCGGUCCGCGACACGGUGGUGACCAACGACAGAUGGGGCAAGGACGACAGCUGCAAGCACGGUGGCUACUGGACCUGCACGGAUCGCUACAACCCGGGCGUGCUGCAGGAGCACAAGUGGGAGAACUGCUUCACCAUCGACUCCCGCACCUGGGGCUAUGCGCGCAAUGGAGGCAUCGGCGACUACCAGACCAUCGACCAGCUCUUGCAGGAGCUGAUCUCCACCGUCGCCUGCAACGGAAACUUCCUGCUCAACGUGGGUCCCACCAGUGACGGAAUCAUCACGCCGGUCUACGAGGAGCGCCUGCUGCAGAUCGGGACCUGGCUGGACUUCAACGGCGAGGCCAUCUACGCGACCAAGCCGUGGAGGUCACAAAACGAUACGGCCUCCUCGGUCUGGUACACGGCGCCCAAGUGGUCGAACAGCACGGCCUACGCCAUCUUCUACGCGUGGCCCGCGGAGAGCGUACUGCGCCUGACCCAGGUCGUGCCGCAGUCGCCCAACAUGGUGGCCCAGUUGCUGGGCUACCGUGGCAACCUCGCGUGGAAGCUGAACGGCAACACCCUCGCCAUCGUCCUGCCCGAAAUCGCCCAUCUGCCUCCGCUCCUUCAGGUCCAGACCGCCUUUACCAUCAAGCUGGUCGGCGUACAGUGA